GGGGGCGCACGCGGCCUCGUGUAUAAAAGCGCGCGCGGGGCGCCUUCAGCAUCUCUCCUCCUCUUCCUCCCUCUGCUCCUCGCCGACAUGCGCGUGAUGGAGCGCACCUUCCGAGAGCAGCUCUGCUUCCUGCUGCUGAGCGUGUCCGUCCUCCGGGGGGGCUGCCGGAGCCUGGAGAAUAACGAAAUCUCCAAUGAAUUCUAUUCGCUUUUCAACCCGGAACCCCGGCGGGACUCACCUGAUGCGUUCAUGUACCGCAGAGCUUUGCGCUGCAUGGACAUGGUUGCGGUUGAGGGUCAGUUCACCUUCACUGCAGAGACCCCCCACCUGAGCUGCGCCACCUUCCUCAUGGCCGAGCCCAGCGAGCUGAUCAGCGUGGAAGUGGACCGAGUGGACAUCGACUGCAGCGGAGGAGACUUCAUCACUGUGUUCGAUGGGUGGGUGAUGAAAGGCGAGAAGUUCCCCAGCUCCCAGGACCACCCGCUGCCUCUGUACGAGCGCUACGUGGAUUACUGCGACGGGGCGCCCGCCAGGAGGACCGUGCGCGCCUCCCAGAACGUGGCCAUGGUUUUCUUCAGAGUCCACAGCGCCGGCAGCAGCUUCACGCUGACGGUCAGGAAACACGUCAACCUCUUCCCCUGCAAUGCCAUCUCACAGUCACCAGAGGGCAGUUACACGAUGGUGAUCCCGCAGCAGCGCAGGAACUGCAGCUUCUCCAUCCUCUACCCCGUGGCCAUAGACAUCUCCGAGUUCAGUCUGGGUCGACACGGCAGCUUCCCCAAGAGGAAGAUGCCUGGAUGUGCAGAGUCGGAGGAUUUCGUGCAGCUUCUGGGAGGAAACGGCAUCGACACGUCCAAACUUCUCCCCAUCACGGACCUCUGCGUCUCCUUCACUGGACCCACCCACAUGAAGAUCGCCUGUGACAACACGGUGGUGAGGAUGGUGUCCAGCGGGAGCUUCGUCAGCCGGGUGUCAUUCAGCUACCGGGCGCUGGACAGCCAGGAGCUGCAGACCAUCAAACUCAACAACGUGGAGGAUUUCUGCUUCAAUAACUGAAGCUCCCAAAGACACUUAAAGAGUAGAACCGACGAGCAGCUUCAUCCUCAGUUUGUGUUUGCGUCUUCUGUCACGGAAGUGUCCUUUUGUUUCUUGUUUUUACUCAUGCUUUGUACAUAUUUUGUGUGUCAUUGAUUUUGUCGGAUCAGUUCUGGAUUUGCGAAACAUUCCCGGUGAGGAUCGGGGCUAAAGUGAACACGUGAGGGAGACGUGACCAGCAGAGCCGUGUCCCGCCAUGAACGGGGGGGUAAAGGGCGUUUAGGGACAGACAUGGUGCCAUUAUGCAGUCCACUUUGAUAAUAGGAAGACAUUUUUGUAAUAAAAUCAAACGGCAUGCAAAGCA